CUGGAGAUCUUGCAGGGCACGCUAAGAACGCUGCGAGCCCAAUCAUGCAAGGCCCUGAGUCAAAUGAAGUUCCUGUUUCCGUGCAACCGUCCUCCUGAAGGCAUCGAUCUGUUGCUGUCUGUGCUGCAGCUGAGCCUCAAAUUGAUGAGCUACCUAUGCCCGUCCUCACAGAACUCGUUUGAGUCGUGUCUCAAGGCCAUAGUCCAGGGCAUGUUCAAGCCGUGCUAUGAGAUGUUCCGAACUGUGGCCAUUGGCGACCUGGGCCAGGGGAGAAACGCCACCCUUGACCCUCGACUGGUAUUUCAGCAUCAGCAAGAUGGCCGCCAGCACGUUCUACCAGCUGCUGAUGAAUGACGUACACGCCCUCACGGAGACUGACCCACGGCACAAGCCCUUGGUCGAGAUUGACCUUCGGAUGCUGGCCCUGGGGUACCGGCUGAAGCAACUGGACAGCGACUGGAAGAUGUACAUAACACCUCA